UAGCAAAUGACGUGUCACUCAUCAACUUUGUCCCUACUGUUUACAUAAAGACAUGUUACUCAUACCCUCUUGACUGGGCUCUGUCCUGCUGAAGAGGAGGAUCACAUAUUGUCCCGGUGUUAAAGCAGAGCAGGCAUAGACGCACAGAAAAAGGGGGAAAACAUGUUUUUUACAACUCUGCUCUGUCUGCUGUUACUGUGGCCUGGCUUCGCCGCUCUAAUGAGUUCUCCAUUGGACGAGCUUUUUCACCACCCCUCUAGUAAAAGACACAUAGUUUCCUCUCCUGGUUCGUCUCCUGGUGCCUCAGUGAGUGGGCGACUGCGUCGGUCGGCUCUGAUGCCUGAUAUCACACAUCUAGAACUGCUGGUGGUGGUAGGGCCUGAUGUCCAGCAGGUCCACAAGCAGGAUACAGAACGAUACAUCCUCACCAACCUCAACAUUGCCUCAGAGCUGUUGAGAGACAUGGCCCUGGGCGCCAACAUGAGGGUGCACCUGGUCCGCAUGAUUAUCCUGUCAGAGCCAGAGCCAGAGAUCCAAAUGUCACCCAACAUUACCUCCUCUCUCAGAAGUGUGUGUGACUGGGGCAGAAGGAUAAACCCCUUAAAUGAUACGGACCCACUUCAUGCUGAUCUUCUGUUAUACAUUACAAGGUAUGACCUGGUGUUGCCUGAUGGGAACAACCAGGUGAGGGGUGUAGCGCACUUGGGUGGGGCUUGCUCCAGUGAAUGGAGCUGUGUGAUCACAGAGGACACAGGCUUUGACCUGGGGAUCACCAUUACUCAUGAGAUUGGCCACAGUUUUGGAAUCAACCAUGACGGAGUAGGAAACACCUGCAGCAGGAGUGGGUUCAUGAUGGCCUCUGACGGAGGCUACAACAGUGUGGAUCUGACCUGGUCUCCCUGCAGCAGACACGAGCUGCUCACAUUCUUCAGUGAAGGGAAAGCUGAAUGUGUAAAGGACCUGCCUGCACUGGGAGGCUCGCUGCAAGACUGGAAGCCCGGCCUUUACUAUGGAGUUGAUGACCAGUGCCGUAUAGCUUUUGGUAGCACUGCAAGAGCCUGCUCUUUCACCAAUCCUGACCUGCCAGCCUGCCGUGUCCUGUCGUGUCACAUUAACCCAGAUGAUAACAGCUCCUGCAAACGUCUCCUGGUCCCACUGCUGGACGGGACAGAGUGUGCACCUCAUCAGUGGUGUCUGAAGGGGCGUUGUGUGUCUGCAAAUGAGCUCAGCUCCUCUGUGGUGGUGCACGGCUCCUGGUCCAACUGGUCUGAGUUCUGCCCCUGCUCACGGACAUGUGGUGGGGGAGUCACUCACCGUACACGGAAAUGCAAUAACCCAAGACCUGCUUUUGGAGGGAAUGAUUGUGAAGGGCCGGAUAUUGAAGCUGAACUUUGUCACCAGCAGCCAUGUGAGCGCACCCAGCUGGAUUUCAUAGCAGAGCAGUGUUCCCAAACAGACCUCCUCCCCCUCUACCUGCUACCAAACACUGCCUCCUUCUACACCUGGAUACCUGCUAUAGGCUUUGGACAAGGGGAUGAGCAGUGCCGAUAUAUGUGCGAGUCAAAAGGAGAAAACUUCCUAGUGAGCCGUGGCUCUCAGUUUGUGGAUGGGACUCGCUGUGAGUCAGACAGCCAGCCUCCCUUUGGCUCAACAGCCGCUUGUCUAAAAGGGAAAUGCCAGCUGUUUGGCUGUGAUGGUGUGCUGCGCUCUGGGGAAGUGAGGGAUGUGUGCGGGCUGUGUGGUGGAGAUGGAUCAUCCUGCAGUUUGAUCUCUGACUCCUACACUGGUGGUCAGGCUAGAGAGUACACCACCUUCCUCUCUCUGCCAGUGAAUGCCACACAGGUCCAGAUUGUCAACAGGACACCUCUGUUCACUCACAUGGCUGUAGUGGUUGGGGGUCGGUACAUUGUGUCCGGGACGGGAAGCAUGGCGCUGAAUAUGACCCACCCCUCCCCACUGGAUGAUAACCGCCUUGAGUACCGCCUCCACCUGACCCCUGACCUUUUGCCUGAGAUGGAGGAGCUGCUGCUGCCAGGGCCGCUGUCACAAGAGAUAAACAUACAGGUGUAUCGCAAAUAUGGGAAAGAAUACGGAGAGAAAACUAAUCCAAACAUUAGCUACCAGUUCUACGUACCUACCAGAAACAGUGAGUUGACAGACAUUACACCUAAAGGCGAAUGGGCUUUCCACACAACACCCUGCUCUGUCUCCUGUGGUUCAGGUGUACAGAAGCAUGUAUAUGUCUGUGUGGAUGCAGAUACCAACAACCAUUUGGAGGAACGCAAUUGUGAAACAACUCCUCCCCCGGUACCACUCCACACAAGCUGUCAGCUCUCACCCUGUCCCCCCAGGUGGGAUACGGGGAUGUUUGGGCCUUGCAGUGCCUCCUGUGGUGGAGGAGAGAGAGUGCGUCCUGUAAGAUGUGUUCAGAAACAUGGAGCCGACGUGGAAGAAAUUCCAGAUUCUAAAUGCCCACCUGAUACAGCUCCAAAUACUGUUGAAAAAUGUAACCUGCAACACUGCCCUGCCAGAUGGCGCGUGUCAGAGCCAGGAGAGUGUUCAGCAGUGUGCGGGCCGGGAGAAGCGAAACGCAUCGUGUCAUGCGUCCGGCCCGAAGACGGUCAGGAUGUUGAAGUGGAUCAAAGCUUUUGUUCUUUGCAGAUCAAACCACCUGAUUCUGUGCCCUGUGUGGUAGAUGUUUGUCCCAUUGGAUGGGAAUCUGAGGGAGAGGAACAGCCCAUGCUGAAGUCUGGUGUGUCACCACGCUCUAGACAGGCCCCUGUGUAUGUCUGGAGUCCUGUUAUCAGCCAGUGCUCUAAGACCUGCGGCAACGGAACCCUGCAGGUGUGGUUCUCCUGUGUGGACCACCAGACCAGACUGAGAGUGACUGACGUCCACUGCGAUGCUUCUACCAAACCUCCUCCACAGUCUGAGGCGUGCAACACAUCUCCCUGCCCCGCCAUGUGGCGCUCUAAGCAAGGAGUCUGCAGUGUAACGUGUGGAGGAGGGGUGGCCAACCGGGUGCUGUACUGUGCCAGAGAAACAGAAGGCGAGGAGGAGGAGGAGGAGGAGGAGGAGGUGGUGGAGGAUUCAGAGUGCGGUGACUUUCCCAAACCCACAGCAGUGGUUUCAUGUAACGACUACAGCUGCCCAGCAAGGUGGAAGGUAUUCAUCACAUCGCCCUGCUCGGCGUCCUGUGAUUUGGGUGUAGCUCAGAGGACUGUGUCUUGUGUCCAGUUUGUCUAUGGCAAGGAGAGUUUGGUGCCGGAGGAGAGCUGCCACGCGGCUGUCAAACCAGCCACCAGAGUGCCCUGCCUGGUGCAGGUCUGCACCUUUAGAUGGGAGGUGAAACCGUGGAGCCAGUGUUCAGUACCCUGUGGAUAUGGGAUCCAAUCCAGAGCUGUGUCCUGCAUGGGCCCCUCUAAGCAGGAGCCCCUCAGCCCUCUGUUUUGUAUGCACAUGCCCAAACCCAUCACCAUCCAGGGCUGCUACAUGGCCGGCUGCGGAGACGUGCUGCCCAUCUCAGAUGUCACCACUGCCGUUACGCCACGUCACCCGUUGGACCAUCCUUCUCCAAGUCCAACAGAGGCAAUCACCAUCCCACAGGCCACUACAAACACCAGCCCAACACCUAAACCCAGUGCAUGUGGACAGCUACUCCUGACAGAAUCAGGCACGGUGGAUUUGAAAGACACGACCGGCCGCUGCACAGUAUCCAUAGGUCGACCCCUAGAUGAGGUCAUUCGUGUUAAAGUGGAAUCUGGCUCCUUGAACUGCAGAAAAAAGGAAUAUGCAGCAUUUUUUGACCGACUGGCAGUUGUGAAAAAGUGUGAGCAGGUAGCGGGAAGUGAACUGACCACCAGAACCAACGUCCUGCUGGUGCGUCAAAAUCUGCUCACCCCAGGGAAUGGGGUCGUGUUCACCUACACUUCACAGAAAAACACGAAGAAGAGCCACCAUCAGGAUUGUGACAUUCAGCUGUUUUCCCCAACUGGUGUCUUCGAGAAUCCAACAACGUCCAACACUAACCACACCUGUCGAGUCCUCAUCAACGCCCCUCCCUUGGUGAAGAUCAGAAUCCAAGCGCUGCACAUAGGAUUAGUAUUCAACUCCACUAACUCCCACUCUACAUACAUCAUGAUCCGGGACAUGGGCGUCUUAAAGACCAACGUGUUUAAAGGCCAACAGCUGUUUCAGUGGCACUCCUCUGGAAACAUGGCUGAGAUUGAAUUUCAUGGAGAUUACCUGCAUUCCAAAGGGAGCUUCAGAGCUGAAUAUUCCUUUAUGCGUCUUUUAUACUAAAUAUAAGCUAUCUCGAUGGAGAUUUGAAAUUUACGUUAAACAUUUCUUUAGUUUACAAUACUUGACGUUUUUGUAACACUGUUACAAAAACUUCCAUUCUGCUGAGUAGAAAGACUUUACUGUAACAAGAUACUUUUGGUUUUUAUUCCUAUGUGGUAAAUAAUUCCGACCCGAAAUAAAUAAUAAACAAACCAAAAGCACUCAAAAUCUUUAAGCAUCAAGCGAGGAGAGUAUCAUUCUGAGGACUGCACCAGGGACAUGUAUAGUAUAAAUAAACAUUUAUACUAUG